CAUAUUAGAUUAGCAGACCUGCAGAAUUCUGUAAUAAGAUUGACCGGUGCUUCUAUAAUGACUCUGAUACAACUCAUAUCACGUCAUACCUCUCACAAUCUAAUGAAGAAGCCCAAUUACCACCGAAGACCGCCUCAACCUUCAGAUUUAAGACUUCAAAAACGUACCACAAUUAAACAGCGCGUUCGUUUUCCUUCUAUGAGAAAGCACAGCAAACAACCAAAAACAUACCGGAGCGAACGCCGUUCAAGUAUAACACGGAAAAAUGAGUCAGUGGCAUUUUCGCUCUUUCCGAGAAACCCAAUUUGAGUUUGACCGGCAGAUCACCGCUGGGUGUAUCCUACGGGACUGUGUGACGCAGGACAGACGCUUCAGGAACGUGGAUAAUCAGGUGUAUAAAAGAGGCGGUGAGGAGACGGAGAGACAGACAGACAGGAAGUGAGGCGAGGAAACUCUUCUUCAUCCGUACAGGGGUCAUAGAUCAUAUACAACCUGACCACAUGAUUUCACUGAGCAGCUGUCAGACGCUCCUGCUGAUGGCCGUCUGGGGCGUCUUCUGCUGCAGGACUCUUGCGCUGCCUGCCAUCUCUGCAUAUCCUGACAUCAGACCAGGAGCUCUGGAUGAAGACGGCGAGGACGACUGGACGAGAGACCCGUCUCUGCAGGAUCUGGAGGCGUAUAAACUCCUGUAUGAACUCACUAACACCGUUGAGAGGCCCUCCAGACACGCUGAUGGGCUGUUCACGAGCGGAUACAGCAAACUGCUCGGCCAGCUGUCUGCUAAAGAGUACCUGGAGUCUUUACUUGCAAAGAGAGUCAGUGAUGAGCUGGGCAUGGAGCAGGUGCCCGUGAAACGACACUCGGACGCCGUCUUCACGGACAACUACAGCCGCUACCGCAAACAGAUGGCGGCCAAGAAAUACCUCAACUCCGUUCUGGCAGGGAAAAGGAGGUGAUGCACUCCUGUUCAAACGCUGCCUGCGCUCUUCAACACGUGAUGCGGACGCACAGCUUCAAGAUUUCGCCGUCAUUAUAUACCCAAGCUUACUCAAUCUAUCCCAGCACUGAACAGCACACACUGAAGAGCGUGUCGGGGACGAACCGGAGCGAGAGACACGUCUGGCUAAUGCUGUUAUGUCGAGAGAAAUCUAUUUUGACUGCAGUCGUUCUUGAUAAUUCAAGCCAAACCAAUAAAAAUGAUUUGUAAAAACA